AAAAGAUAUAAGUGGUAUCUCAAAGCGAAAAAUAGCUGUCUCGAAGCUGUCUUUUUUAAUUUUAUUUACAAAAACAAAAUCUCAAAGUAUGUGCUUUUCUUCAUUUCCAUUUCUGCUCAUAUUAAUCAUCACUAGUUGUAAGUCAUAAAGGUGGAAGAGAGUACACACAGAGUCAAAUAAAAGAAGAAGCUAAGGGAAAAUUGCUAAUUGGGUUUUAGAAAAAUGAGUGCUUCUAGGUUUAUAAAGUGUGUUACUGUUGGAGAUGGAGCUGUGGGUAAAACUUGUCUUCUCAUUUCAUAUACCAGCAACACUUUUCCCACUGAUUAUGUCCCAACUGUAUUUGACAAUUUUAGUGCAAAUGUGGUCGUCGAUGGGAGCACUGUUAAUCUGGGGCUCUGGGAUACUGCAGGUCAGGAAGAUUACAAUAGAUUAAGACCAUUGAGCUAUCGUGGGGCAGAUGUAUUUAUACUAGCAUUUUCUCUCAUUAGCAAGGCGAGCUAUGAAAAUGUCUCCAAAAAGUGGAUUCCUGAAUUGAGGCAUUAUGCUCCUGGAGUUCCAAUUAUUCUUGUUGGAACAAAGCUAGAUCUCCGAGAGGAUAAGCAAUUCUUCUUGGACCAUCCAGGUGCUGUUCCACUUACCGCAGCUCAGGGUGAGGAGCUGAGAAAGUCGAUCGGUGCUGCUGCUUACAUUGAAUGUAGUGCAAAAACACAACAGAAUAUUAAGGCUGUUUUUGAUGCUGCCAUUAAGGUGGUUCUACAACCACCCAAGCAAAAGAAGAAGAAGAAGAGAAAGGGUCAGAAAGCCUGCUCUAUCUUGUGAUUGCUUAUACAAUAGCUGGGCGAAGGAGAUGUAGAUUGUUAUCAACGUCUUCCAAGUUCAAAAAAUGCAACAUAAGGUUCAAUAUCGCUAGUCUUGACUGACUAUAAUAGGAAAGCAUCAACCUGCCUUUUCCGUAUCAUUAGAGGCCGAGAUGUAUAUUUGUGAUCCGAAGUACGACUGAGGUUACAAAUGUACAAAAAUCAUCUCUGUUCGUUUUAAAUCUGUAUAAUAUAUUAUGUAACACCUAGUAUGAUGAUUUCUUGUCUUUGCGUCUGCUAUAUGUUGUUGUAAUGCACGUGAACAUACUGAUUUAGAUUAUUCAACAAGUUGGAUCUGCUAUUGUCAUUGUUUUGAAACAUAAAGAUGGUGGUGUGAAUUCUAUGUUUUUGUGAUGGAAA